AUGUCGCAACAACAACAACAACAACAACAACAAAAGAACAGCAGCAAACCGAGAACUGAGGAUGACAGCAACUAUAUUGGCGUCCCCAUCAUCAACAGCCCAAAUCCCGAUAAUGCGUGGAAAGCCGUUGGUAGUCCUUCUAGAAGAGGCAGCACAACAACGCUCUUUUCCGAUAUCAACAAAAAGUCGAGUCCUAACGAAUCUCCUGUGAAUGACCAUGUUGAUAUUAUUAGAAGAUCCUCCAUUGUGUCUGAAGGUAACGCUGCUAACAACAACUGGGGUUCGUUUGGUGGUUUCCAGUGGGAAGGUCCAUCUAUUUUUGAUGAGGAUGGCAAACCCAUCACAGUGCCUCCUACGCAACCUGCUCCCGACGAUGCUCAAGCAGCGUUCAACACAAACUAUGACAUUCUCUCGGUCCCCAUGUUACCUGGUGUUUCACUUGAACCUAUAUACCGCCAACAACGUAGCCUUUCAUUCUCCAUGGGACAGGACCCCACAUUUUUCGGCUAUGAUGAUUAUGAUGAACAUCCUGUGCCACAGCAACAACAGCAAAGUCAAUAUCAAUCUGCAUUCAAAUCAAGCUUAGCUCCUAUGGAGGAAGAAGAAGACGCCUACUACGAUGAGUUUGACCAUAUUCGAUCGAGAUCCAAGUCUUCAGGGGCUGCUUUUGGUUUGCUAUCUCAGAAUCAGCAUUCACGUUUAAUGAACAAUGGCCAUAUCAGACGAGGUUCUGAACAGCAGGAUGAUUUGUUGAUAAAUCAACGUAGGCGCUCAUCCUCGCGAUUCUUCAACACAAACGACUCAGCAACAGCACCACACAUGUCGAUGGGAGACAAGGAAAGAUUGGAUAUAUUGCAACGUCGUCUAUCUCAGCAGCAAGAGUACUCGUUUCCUGAUAACCUCAUGAGACGCCAGUCAUUGACCUUGAACUCGCAUCCACCUAGCAACAUUCAGCAAUUAGCAGAUCAGCUGGAGAAUACACAUUUGAGAACAGAUUUGCCAAAUUUGAGUGCCUUCCAGCCACCUCCUCAAAACCAGCAACCCCAAUACAGAUCUGAUCUCUAUGCUCAACAUUUGCAACAACAGCCAUUGUUCAAUAAUGGCCCUCUUCCCUAUCAUCCAUCGGCUGUUACUGCCCAGCAACAAUCACAACAGCAAUCUCAUCAUCCAUCACAACAACAACAGCAACACCAAUAUCAGCAACAGCAACGACAACCACAGAAUCAGCACCAACAGCAGCAAGCAGCUGAUGACUAUUUUGACACGGAUCCUCGAGGAUUUCAAGACCUUGGGAAGGGCAUUCCUAUUCAUCGCUUGGAUCCCAAUGUGCCACUGUACAUGGUAGAAUUCAAGGGCGGUAGAACUGAUUUCUUUUAUGUCAUUGAUUCCAACCAAUUCCAUCCUCAAUUGGGAGACCUUGUCAUUGUGGAAGCUGAUCGUGGUAAAGAUCUCGGUAAGGUUGCUUGCAACACGUUGACCAUUGAUCAAGUUACUGUUUUGGAACAAAAGAAGCAAGCUCAAUUACAGCAAUUGGAAAGCAACGACAAGGAGAAGGAAAAGGAGAAGGAAGCCAAGGAAGAAGAGACGCCUACCAAAGCGCAACGAGAGCUUCACAUCAAAAGAAUAUUCAGAUUAGCUGCACCUGAUGAAGUCAACCUGUUGUUGGUCAAAGGUCAAGAUGAACACAAAGCUCUGGUGGUAUGCCAGCAAAAGACCAAACAACGCAAGCUACCCAUGGAGGUGGUGGAUGCUGAAUAUCAGUGGGAUCGUCGCAAGUUGACCUUUUAUUUCGAAGCUGAAAAUCGUAUCGAUUUCAGAGAGCUUGUGCGUGAAUUGUUCAAAAUUUACAAGACUCGUAUUUGGAUGUGCGUUGUCACUGCUCCCAUCACGAUAGAUGAUAUCAACAAAACUGCAACAUCAACUACCACAUUCACAAAUGAAAUGUAG